AUGCUUAAACAACCGAAGUCACAAAAUUCGGUCCGCGACGAAUGGGUCGAAGAGAAAUUUUCUGUCGUCCACGCCUAUGAGGUAUUUGCAAAGAGAGAAGAAACGAAAGCCGGUUUUUACAGAAGUGACAUGGGAAGCUUGUGGCUAUCGUACGCCGGGUAUUGUUGGAAACAUGACUUGACGAAGUCCACUUGGCAAGAGUCCUCCCCUGAAACAGUACUUAAAGAACUUCAAACUAGCGGGUUGAAUGAAGACGAAGUCGUAAAGUUGGUUGUUGGCGCAAAAGAUUAUGUGGGCGGACAAGAGGCUAUUGCUGAAAUUCACAUGCGUUUGUUGAAAGAUCCAGAGACCAAACAUCUGGCGGAACGUAUAAAGCCUGAACUCGCUAAACUGGAGCAAGCGAAAACUGAAAUUUCGGCCAGUGAUGCUCAAAUGUUGCGCGCAAAAUGA